AUGGGACACUUGACAACUUUGGCCACGUGCCAGCUCAACCAAUGGGCUCUCGAUUUCGAGGGCAACUUGGAGAGGAUCCUCGAGUCAAUCCGGCAAGCCAAGGCUGCCGGUGCUUCUCUCCGCGUCGGCCCCGAGCUGGAGAUCACUGGUUAUGGCUGUCUCGACCAUUUUCUUGAGUCCGACAUCUUCCUGCACUCGUGGGAGAUGAUCGCCAAGAUCCUCUCCGACAAGUCUUGCUACGACAUCAUCCUCGAUAUCGGCGCACCUGUCAUCCACCGCAACGUGCGCUACAAUGCUCGCGUCAUCUGCUUCAAUGGUCAGAUUCUGCUCAUCAGGCCGAAGCUGUGGCUUGCCAACGACGGCAACUACCGCGAGAUGCGUUACUUCACGCCUUGGAGCAGGCCAUACCACGUCGAGGAGUACUACCUCCCGAGGCUUAUCCAAAACAUCGUUGGUAAGGUCAAGGUCCCCAUCGGCGAUGCCGUCAUCUCCACUCGCGAUACGUGUUUGGGCGCCGAGACCUGUGAGGAACUCUUCACCCCCGCCGCCCCGCAUGCUGCCAUGGGUCUCAAUGGUGUCGAGAUUUUCACCAAUUCUUCCGGUAGCCACCACGAGCUGCGGAAGCUGAAUACCCGCAUCUCUCUCAUUCUCGAGGCAACCCGCAAGUCGGGUGGCAUUUACCUGUAUUCUAACCAGCAGGGUUGUGAUGGCGACCGUCUGUACUACGAUGGAUCAGCCAUGAUCAUCAUCAAUGGCGAAAUCGUUGGCCAGGCGUCUCAAUUCAGCUUGAACGAUGUUGAGGUUGUUACCGCAACCGUCGAUCUAGAGGAAGUGAGGGCCUUCCGUUGUGCCCCAAGCCGCGGGCUCCAGGCCGUGCAAGCGAACGCCUAUCAGAGAAUCGAGGUAGACUUCAGCCUCUCCGUUGAGGGUGGUGCACUGGAUGCCAAGUUGAGACCUUCCAAGUCCUUCAAGCCUUAUGUCCACGAGCCCGAGGCCGAAAUCGCCUACGGGCCCGCAUGCUGGCUGUGGGACUAUGUGCGGAGAAGCCGACAGGGAGGGUUUCUGAUCCCUUUGUCAGGUGGCAUUGACUCCUGCGCUACCUCCGUCAUUGUGUUCUCCAUGUGUAGGCUCGUUGUUGAGGCGAUAGAGAGGGGCGAUGAGCAAGUCGUUCAGGAUGUCAGGGCCGUUUGUGGAGAGCCUGAAGGAUCUACGUGGCUGCCAUCGACGCCGCAAGAAUUCUGCGGCAGGAUCUUCCAUACUUGCUACAUGGGCAGCGUGAACUCGUCUGCUGAGACUCGCAACCGCGCAAAGGACCUCGCCAAGGACAUUGGCGCCUACCAUACCGAUUUGGACAUCGAUAGUGUUGCGACAGCUCUGAAAACCCUCUUCACCACUGUCACGGGCUUUGUACCGCAGUUCAGGGUCCACGGAGGAAGCAACACGGAAAACCUGGCUCUACAAAACAUCCAGGCCAGGAUCCGCAUGGUCAUUGCGUACCUGUUCGCUCAACUGCUCCCCGUGGUUCGUGGUCGCAAAGCUCCUGGAAGUUUGCUCGUCCUUGGUUCUGCCAAUGUCGAUGAAUCUUUGAGAGGCUAUCUUACCAAGUACGACUGCAGCAGUGCUGAUAUCAACCCUAUCGGAGGAAUCUCGAAGACGGAUCUCAAGGCAUUCAUCAAAUGGGCAGGAAGCCAGUUCAACCUUCCGAUAUUGGAGGACUUCAUCAACGCCACGCCUACUGCAGAACUUGAACCUAUCACCAAGGAUUAUGUCCAAUCUGACGAGGCCGACAUGGGAAUGACUUAUGAUGAACUCUCGGUGUUCGGAAGGCUGCGCAAAGUUCACAAGCUUGGACCCUAUGGAAUGUUUGAGAGGCUACUGCACGAUUGGAGCGAUCGCAUGAGCCCAAGGCAGGUUUACGAGAAGGUGCGGAGGUUUUACUGGUUCUACGCGAUCAACCGCCACAAAAUGACCACCAUCACCCCUGCAUACCAUGCCGAAGCCUACUCUCCCGAUGACAACAGGUUCGAUCUGCGUCCGUUCUUGUAUCCCGUAUUUAGCUGGCCGUACAAAAAGAUCGAAGAGAUGUUGAAGAAGCACGAAGACGGAGAAGCAAAGAAAGAGAUCAAGGGAGAAUAG